AUUAAAUCAUUCGUCACCAAGGUUGUCAUCUUCCUCCCUCUCUCUCUCUCUCGUGAAUCUUUUUUCAAACUUUUGCUUCUCUUUAUAGGGAAACCAGACACGAUUCCACCGAUUCCUUCUCAGCUUCUUCUUCUUCCUCCCCCCUUCUAAACAAACAAACCUUCUCUCAAUAUCUACAAACUUUUAUUAUUCUCUCUCUCUAUUGGAUUCUGAUUCUCUUCAACGUGACUCCUCACCUUUUUUCUCAAUUUCAUCUGCAUGUUUCUCGAUUCUCUCUGACGCCUUCCUUCUAUAACGUUUCUUCGAAAGCUGUUUCCGUCAAUUCGGUAAAUGGCGAUUUUGGAUUCUGGAGGCGGCGGCGUCAGCACCGCGACGGCGACGGAGAACGGUGGCGGAGAGUUUGUGGAUCUUCGUCGACGGAAAUCGAGAUCGGAUUCCAACGGAGUUCUUUGUGGUUCUGAUAAUCCACCCUCUGAUGAUGUUGGAGCUCCCGCCGACGUUAGGGAUCGGAUUGAUUCCGUUGUUAACGAUGACGCUCAGGGGACGACUGCUAAUUUGGCCGGGGAUAACGAAAUUAGGGAAACUGGUGGUGGUGGAAGAGGCGGCGGCGGAGAAGGAGGGAGAGGAAACGCCGAGACUACGUAUACGUAUCGACCGUCGGUUCCUGCUCAUCGGAGAGCUAGGGAGAGUCCACUCAGCUCCGACGCAAUCUUCAAACAGAGCCAUGCCGGAUUAUUCAACUUGUGUGUAGUAGUUCUUAUUGCUGUUAACAGUAGACUCAUCAUCGAAAACCUGAUGAAGUAUGGUUGGUUGAUCAGAACGGAUUUCUGGUUUAGUUCAAGAUCGUUGCGGGAUUGGCCGCUUUUCAUGUGUUGUCUAUCCCUUUCGUUCUUUCCUUUGGCUGCCUUUACCGUCGAGAAAUUGGUACUUCAGAAAUGCAUAUCUGAACCUGUUGUCAUCUUUCUUCAUAUUAUUAUCACCAUGACAGAGGUUUUAUAUCCAGUUUACGUCACCCUAAGCUGUGAUUCUGCCUUCUUAUCAGGUGUCACGUUGAUGCUCCUCACUUGCAUUGUGUGGCUAAAGUUGGUUUCUUAUGCUCAUACUAACUACGACAUAAGAACUCUAGCCAAUUCAGCUGAUAAGGCCAAUCCUGAAGUCUCCUACUACGUUAGCUUGAAGAGCUUGGCAUAUUUUAUGGUUGCUCCCACAUUGUGUUAUCAGCCAAGCUAUCCACGUUCUCCGUGUAUACGGAAGGGUUGGGUGGCUCGUCAAUUUGCAAAACUGGUCAUAUUCACUGGAUUCAUGGGAUUUAUAAUAGAACAAUAUAUAAAUCCUAUUGUCAGAAACUCAAAGCAUCCUCUGAAAGGGGAUCUUCUAUAUGCUAUUGAAAGAGUGUUGAAGCUUUCAGUUCCAAAUUUAUAUGUGUGGCUCUGCAUGUUCUACUGCUUCUUCCACCUUUGGUUAAACAUAUUGGCAGAGCUUCUCUGCUUCGGGGAUCGUGAAUUCUACAGAGAUUGGUGGAAUGCAAAAAGUGUGGGAGAUUAUUGGAGAAUGUGGAAUAUGCCUGUUCAUAAAUGGAUGGUUCGACAUAUAUACUUCCCGUGCCUGCGGAGCAAGAUACCAAAGACACUCGCCAUUAUCAUUGCUUUCUUAGUCUCUGCCGUCUUUCAUGAGCUAUGCAUCGCAGUCCCUUGCCGUCUCUUCAAGUUAUGGGCUUUUAUAGGGAUUAUGUUUCAGGUGCCUUUGGUCUUUAUCACAAACUAUCUACAAGAAAGGUUCGGCUCAACGGUGGGGAACAUGAUCUUCUGGUUCAUCUUCUGCAUAUUCGGACAACCGAUGUGUGUGCUUCUUUAUUACCACGAUCUGAUGAACCGCAAAGGAUCAAUGUCAUGAAACAACUGUUGGAAAUUGACUUUCUCCAAACAUAUGUGGUUGUGAUGCUAAAACAAGAAUAGUGUUUUAACCAUUGAAGAAAAAAAAAAAAGGAAACAAAUUAGAGUUGUUGUAUCUGCAAAAUUUUGGUAGAGACGGACCGUUUUUGAGUUUUGAAUCUCGUUGUCAAGUCUUUCUUUUGAUCUUGCUAUGCUCUUGUCUUUAAACCACAAUCAAGCAAAGUAGAUUGAUAUA